UGCUUGGAAGAAAAGAGACUCAAAUGAUUAUUCAUAUUAACUAUUUGUAUACUUAUCUAUCUACUGCUGAGUUGUUCUGAAUUUUGUGAACACUGGUGUCAUGUUUUAAAAUGCCAAAUCAAACACUAUAUACAGAACCACUGCAUAUUGACUGUCAACUGGAGAGUAUAACAUCACAUUUUGGGGUGGCUGUAGCUCAGGAGGUGGAGCAGGUCAUCUACUGAUUGGAAGGUUGGUGGUUUGAUCCCUGUCUCCCAUUUGUCUGCAUGCCAAAUAUCCUUGGGUAGUUAGUAAGCACUUAAAAGCAUAGGUGGGUGAAUGUGAUAUGUUGUGUAGAGCACUUUGAGUACUCCGGGAGAGUAGAAAAAUGCUAUAUAAGAAUCACUCAAUGUACAUUUUCAUGAAAAUCAAAAGAGAUUGGAUUUUUAAAAGCACAUAAAAAAUAAUAGUCACUUUGUGUGUGACGAUGUUUGUGCAAAGUGUUGUUCAGAUUGGCUCGCCCAUUAAGGAGGAGAUAGGGUACAUAUACUACAUGUACAUAUACAAUUAUAAUAAGUACUCUGUAGUUUUUUGUUUGUUUGUUUUCCAGAGUUACAGAUAUCCUUGAAAGCUCACUUAAAACAUAACCAGCAAUUCAGUACAGCAAAGUAGCUUAUUUGUCCAUUGUGAUCAUAGAUACUAGCAUACACUAUAUGGGCCACACGUCUUAAUCUUUGAAUUCAUGUGUUUUUAGUCCCAUUGCUACAGUUAGUCAAAGACCUGUCCGUGCAGUCUGCCUUUCAAAACAUUUUGAAAGAAUGGUUUGUUCUAAAGAGCUCGCUGAAUUUGAGUGUGGUGCUAUAAUAGGAUUCCACCAUUGCAACAAAUCAGUUUCUUCAAGUUCUUCAAGAAAUCAAGUUUCUUCACUCCUAGAUAUCCUGCAAUUAAGUGUAAAUGGUAUUUUUAGUUUGGGAACCACAGCAACUGCCAAGUGUCAGAACACAGAAAGUUACAGAGCGAGGUCAUUGAGUGACUGUUUAAUAUUGCUAACUUUUGCUAUUACACUCUUAUUGUUUCCACUGUAAUCGCCAUAACAAGAUGUUAUGAAAAUGUGAUAUGUGUUUAAAUACUGUAGAUCAAUAAAUCUUUAAACCUCUAUUAUUCAUUUGUGUAAUCAACAAACAUUGUUUCUUAAUUUCUUUACAUCGCAUGAGGUAGUGGGACAUGCAGCAUAAUUUGGCAAUUAAUUGUGGCCUGAAUCAAUAAACAGAAAUGACUUGAUUAUUUUUUUUGUUAAUUUGUGUUGUACUGUACGUUGUAUAGCAGCAGCAUCCUUUUACAGUGUUUAGCUCUGUUUACAAAGAACAUAUUACUGUAAUUUAGCGUAUUUUUGUGCCAUUUUGUUAAAGUGUAUCUUUGCAGUAUAUUUUGCGACUUGUUGCUGUAAUAGUGUAGUGUGUAAAAGUAGAUUAUGAUUUUUUUUAAAGAUUUUAACAGAGCAAAAGUUCUGUACAGGAGCUAUACAAGAAGAUUGUCCUAAAACGACCUGCCUGAUUUCUGACAGCUGCUGGUAGUAUGGGACAUUUAAUUAAAACCAGUAAUUUCUUUUAUCUUGUUCUUGGGAAAAGGCUUAUAUGACUUGUUUCACAAACCUGGACAUGACAACUGAAUACUUUAUAAAGAAGAGUGAAAAAACUUUUACCUUACCUUUCUGCCAGGACACUGGCUGCACGAUAUAAUUCAACUUGUAUUACAGCUCCAUUACAUUGAGACUGAGCUUAAAUAAACAUAUUAUGCUGUAGUUGCCUGGCUCUUUUCAGUUCAGUGACUUUGAGAAUCCUCUGUUCCCUCUCUGUCAUUCUACAUAUCUGCUGGUGUUGGAUUCAAACAAAAAACAGAUGAUACAAAUUAUGUUCUUUGAAAACAAAUUUUGUCUCAUGUCAUGGUUAAUGGGCCUCUUUUAAUACUCCAUAAAGCAUUAGGUCAGUCAGUCUUUCAACCAAGUUUAAUUUAUAAGCCAUCGGCAUCAACUUUAUUUAUUUUUUUCAUUUUGUGUUAGCUAGGUUGUUGGUUUUCAGCUGCUGUGGAUAUACAAGAAAGCUUUCAUAGUCUCAUUUAUACCUGUUAUUUUAACACAAAGAAGCAUCUGUCUCUGCACUCGAUCCAAAGUCUUCUUUCACUUACUUCCUCUUAAUGUCUAUUCGUGAGGACUCUGUCAGCUAUUCUAAGAAGAGAUGGUCCCCAAUGAUGGCUUUCCUUAACACUUCUUCCAUCAUCUUCUAACUAACUUAGCUGACUGAUCCUUCUCCAAAUUGAUCUCUCAGCACUGGUUAACAGUCCCAUUUCUACUGCCUUCCUUCCUGUUCUGUUUCACAUCUGGCUGUAUCGUCCUCAAGUAAAACAAAGCUGCUCGUAUACUCAAGAAACCAACACUCAAACCCAAUUAUAUAUUUUGAAACUGGGCUUCUUGUUGUCACUGAAGCACUAAACAAUGACUCAUUCCCCUCAGUCUUCUUAUAACUACGUUUAUGCUUUUAACACCGAGCCACCAGAUGCUCUGAGUCUUUCCUACCAACUCUGUUGGGUCAUUUCUUACUUGGUUGACCUUGUUUCUUUGUCCUGUUAGACCACACUAUGUAGAUAGUGAUCCCUGCUCAGCUUUCCAGGAAUGUCUUUGUGCUUAGACACAAACAUCUCUGAUGUAAGGACCACAAGUGUGAGACAACACAGUCCUGCAUGUCUGCAAUGUUAAGUUUAAUCCACGUAUUAUUUUUUACAGGUGCUUUACAGUAACAGCGACUAGUUCUCUUCUUACUGUGAAGCAGAAAAAUCACAAAGCACUUUGCACACCUGCUUUGCAUUUGCUGGAAAAUGACAGAACUUCACCAAGUUAUUACUGAGAAAAAAUUAAACAUAUUGUCUCCACUAUAUUACAAUCAGGCAUUCCAUAUAUAACUCUGUCUCCCUCUCUCUCUGUCUGUGCACAUGCUUUAUUAUUUUUUCAAGUUAGUAGUUUUGCUUUAGUUGAAAAUGCACAUGCUCUUGUGCAUGAGUAAACUGUGGUACAAAGCUCACUUUAUAUCUGUGUGUCAUUUGCAAGACAACAUGGGACAAUGGGUGUUUUUCUGUGUGUGCUUUUAUGUUGUUGUUUUUUUCAGCCUACGUGGCUCAGAGGUGAAACAGUGCUGGACUUUAUACAUAUGAGGCUGAAAAGGUUCAGGAGCACUAAAUGGAAAUAUGCAAAGAUGGGUUAAUGUGUGCCCAAUAGACUGCAUUUAAAAGAAAAGAGAUAGAAGAAUAUGCAAUGGAUGUAGCAUCCAGCCAGUGUGGAAGUGACCAACUCAGAUGUAAUGUAAAGACACAGUUAUCUGUUGGUUGGUGCUGAGCAGCAGACUAGAAAAACUAGAGUGUAAACUUCACACAGCAGCCUAUGAUAUUAGUCAGAGAUGCUAAUUUUGCUGCAUUUUAACAUAGAUGUUAAAACCUCAAGUGGCUAUUUGACAAAUUGUCAUUUUUGCCACUUCCCCAUUAGUUUCAGUUUUCAGUCCUGGAAGUCGCUGUUUGCUUUAAUAAAAUUAAGCUUCUUAUAUUUCAAGUGCUGUACCAGAAGUCUUGAUGUUUGUGAUAGUGGCUUCUUGAAAUGUGGGCAGAAAUAUGUUCAGCUUCAAGCCUAAGCACCACUGACAAAUAAUGCUGUAAUGAUGGGUGGUUAAGUCAUCGACUGCUGCCCGCCUCACUGCUUUAGUCAUACAAUUUGUAUGACUGCGAGUAGAGUUUGUGUAUAGCAUGCGUUAUUAUGGCACUGGUGCUUCUUGUGGAAUUAACAGACAUCCUCCUCCCACUCUUUCUCCAUCUCUCUCUCUGUUUACGUGUAGAAAGAGUACAAGCUUCUCUCCAUGGGGAGGGGAAUUUUAAUACUGAGUGUUUAAAAGUCUGUGUUUAUGAACACUUUAGCAGCAAAAGGCAUUCAAUAACAAGUUCCAUUUUUAAUGAGAAAAAAGCCACUAAUACAAAGAAAUAAAUAAAUAACUGGGUAUUGCACACAUGUUGGCCACUAUGAUACAGUAUGAUAUGGUGCACUGCUGACUCAAUGUGUAUUUUGAAGUGUGGUGUAAGCAUGUGUGUGCAUGCAUAUGCUCAAGAGAUGCACAUGUAGCUGAGUUGCUUAUUCACAUCAGAGUGACGCAUGUGCUUAAGGAGCCUGCUGAAGCUGUCCAGACAAGCUGCAAAAACACACGCACACACAUAUAGAGCGCAGAAUGUGAUGCUCCUGCAGUGGGAUUAUCAGGUAAACCUGUGAGUUCAAUCUGCGGCUGGUGGUUAAUACCUUCUAAAGAAGUUUGUAGCGGGCGGCUCCAUUCUGGAUUGGUGUUGUGGCAUGAAAAUAUGCGUGUCUGCAGCAUAGAAGAGUCAUCACAAAAUCUGUAGUUAAGGCUCCAGACAUACAGAUAUUUGUUGUAGAUUUAAAAGGCUAUUUGUUAUCCUGUUUGACUUCACGCAUCUGGCUUGUAAGAGGAAGUACUUGGCUUGUUGCACUGGGGACUGAACGUGGGUGGUAAGGAAGACGAUUAAAGUUUGUGAAGUGCAGCGGGGGCAGACAGGUUGUGGAAGCAAAAGCAAUAUGCUAAUAUGCUGCUGGACAUUAAUGGUAAAAUGGUUUCAGCUACAGAAGAAUGUGUAGGACCCAUGAGAUUGUCUCAAGAGCCAAUUCAGGUCUUGCUCGUGUUUGCAAAGGAGGACAGCCAAAGUGAUGCCUUCUGGUGGGCCUGUGACCGCGCUGGUUUCAGGUGCAACAUUGCACGGACGCCUGAGUCUGCUGUUGAAUGUUUCCUAGACAAGCACCAUGAGAUAAUAAUCAUUGAUGGACGUCACUCACGCUAUUUUGAGCCUGAAGCUGUUUGCCGGAUGAUCCGUGCCACAAAGCCCUCUGAAAACACAGUUAUUCUAGCUGUUGUGCCACAAAAACCGUCUGACCAAGAAGAGCCAUCUGUUCUUCCUCUCCUCUGCGCUGGAUUUAGCAGAAGAUUUGUGGAGAACAACAGUGUGUCAGCAUGCUAUAAUGAGCUCAUACAGAUGGAGCAUGGAGAGGUGCGCUGCCAGUUCAAACUCAGGGCUUGUAAUUCCAUCUUCACUGCCUUGGAGCACUGCCAAGAAGCUGUGGAGAUCACCAGUGAGGACCACAUAAUACAGUACGUGAAUCCAGCAUUUGAACGGAUGAUGGGCUAUCACAAAGGGGAAUUGAUCGGGAAAGAACUGACUGAACUUCCCAAGAGUGACAAGAACAGAGCUGAUCUGCUGGACACCAUCAACAACUGUAUCAAAAAAGGAAAGGAAUGGCAGGGCAUUUAUUAUGCCAGAAAGAAAUCAGGGGACAGUAUACAACAGCAUGUGAGGAUAACACCAGUCAUCGGCCAAGGAGGGAAAAUUCGACAUUUUGUAGCCAUCAAGAGACCGCAUAUUGACAACAACAAUCAGCUCCACAAGUUCAAUAAGGAGGAGAGAUACAGCGGGGAACAUUCUCACUCAGAGUGCUAUUCUCUACGACACCGAGACAGAAGAAAAGAUUCGAUGGACGACCGAUCGGUGAGCUCCCGUAGUAGUGACGCUCCCAGUUUACAAAAUCGAAGAUACUCUUCUGUGGCCAGGAUUCAUUCUAUGACCAUUGAGGCUCCAAUAACAAAGGUAAUAAACAUCAUCAAUGCAGCUCAGGAGAGCAGUCCAGUAACGGUAGCCGAAGCUCUGGACCGUGUGUUGGAGAUCCUGAGGACCACUGAGCUCUACUCCCCUCAGCUUGCCUCCAAAGAAGAUGACCCACACACAAGCGACCUGGUUGGCGGGCUUAUGAGUGAUGGGCUGCGCAGACUCUCUGGGAAUGAAUAUGUUUUCUGCAAAAACAUGAGUCAGAGCCAGCUGGCUAUCCCAGUCACUUUGAAUGAUGUUCCUCCAAACAUCGCUGAGAUGCUGAAUGAUGAGGAGUGCUGGGAAUUCAACAUCCUGGAGCUGGAGGCAGCUACACACAAAAGACCACUGACAUACCUAGGCCUGAAGAUUUGCACAAGUUUUGGAGUGUGUGAGUUCUUAAACUGCUCGGAGGCUACACUGCGCUCCUGGCUGCAGCUCAUUGAGGCCAGCUACCACUCCUCUAACUCCUACCACAAUUCCACACACGCUGCAGAUGUGCUGCACGCUACAGCCUACUUCCUACGCAAAGAGAGAGUCAAGAGCAGUCUGGACCAGCUGGAUGAGGUGGCAGCACUGAUAGCCGCAGCAGUCCACGAUGUGGACCACCCAGGCAGGACCAACUCCUUCUUGUGUAAUGCAGGUAGUGAACUGGCCAUACUCUACAAUGACACGGCCGUUCUGGAGAGCCACCACGCAGCCCUCGCCUUCCAGCUCACUGUCCGUGACAGCAAGAGCAACAUUUUCAAGAACAUCGACAGGACUCAGUUCCGAACGCUGCGACAGGCCAUCAUAGACAUGGUGCUGGCCACAGAGAUGACCAGACACUUUGAACACGUCAGCAAAUUUGUGAACAGUAUCAACAAGCCAAUGGCUGCCAUAGAGGAGACCAGCACGAGUAGCGUGAACAGUGACUGUGAGGGUCAGGCCAACAUCAGAAACUCUCCAGAGAAUCGUCUGCUGAUAAAGAGGAUGCUGAUCAAGUGUGCAGAUGUGGCAAACCCCUGCAGACCACUCGAGCUCUGCAUCGAGUGGGCUGGACGGAUCUCUGAGGAGUACUUUGCACAGACAGAUGAGGAGAAAAGACAAGGGCUGCCAGUGGUGAUGCCCGUUUUCGACAGGAACACCUGCAGUGUCCCCAAAUCUCAGAUUUCCUUCAUAGACUACUUCAUCACUGAUAUGUUUGACGCCUGGGAUGCCUUUGCCACUCUUCCUGGCUUAAUGGAACACCUGUCAGAGAACUACAAAUACUGGAAGACCUUGGAUGAGAUGAACUGUAAGAGUCUACGUCCUCCGCCUCCUUCGUGACCGAGUCCACAUCCCCUCCUUACAUAUAUCACUCCAAGCAGGGUAGGACAGUGAAUGAAGCCCUGCGGUGGAACAGUUACUCUUUUCAGCUGGGAUUUGACAGAAGUCCGUGACCUCUCAGGGGUUCCUGGAUACGGCCCGAAAAUUUUGUAAUCGGAAGAACACAGAUAUGCCGUUUCCAUCUCAAAUCACAGCCUCUUGUAUGGUUCUAGCUGGAGGUGGUACCAGUAGAGAACAGGUGGUCACUGGAGGCUGUCUCCCUGUUGCCACUUUAUGGCCCCCUAAAGUAUAUCUUGAUAGCACCUCCAUGGUGCAGUGUGGACCUGAUAGGUCACCUGACAAUCUGUACCAUACAGUGUAAUACAACAGAAACCUGCACUUUAGCUAAUCAUGACAUCUUACAUUUUGAACUCCCUUUUUGUUGACUUUGCUUUUGAAAGUUUUCUUUAAAGCAAAUAUUUCCUUUCUGUAUCUGUAUACUGCUAUAAAAGAAAUAUGGAAAGUAAAACGUGACAAUUGCCAGAGGCACUGACUGAAAACAAGAAUCUGAAGUGAUCUGGGCAUGCAUUUUAGUACAAGCGAGUGCAAAUCUCCAUACUUCCUUUUUCACAGUUCCAGCUAGUAAAAGGUGCUUAGCUGGAAUUAAUCUUUGCAUUAGCUGUGAAACAACGUAGAGACUUGUGUCUGGGACCAAAUUCCCUUCGAUCCCUGUCCAUUUGCCCUGUUCAGACAAAAUCUAAAAGAAAGGGCACUUCCAGGAGUACUUACCUAUGUACCAGGGUGGAGUCCACAGAUUGCCGAUUGUAGGGCUAUUUUCGUGACAAAUGCUGGAUCCUGAGAUCAUAUAGCUGCAGAAUACCUUGUAAAAUGCCACCUGAUAACCUACUGUCAUUUCUUCUACAUCACCAUCUUACGUGCACUGUGAAAGCAGCUAGUGAGGAUAAUGAAGAUCCUUGUCAAACCUGCAUGUCAGAACAAAUGGAGGAACAGAAUUGCACUGUAUCAGAGCUAUUUAGUUACCAGAUGUUACACUCAUAGCUUUGUGACACUAACUGUAGACAUUUUCACUCCCCCCAAAAAAGAUUGACUUGCGAGUAUUUCAACAACAUAGUUACAGGCUUUCUAUUUGAGCCUAUGCUUGGCUAUUGAUUGGGGUACAGAGUGUCAGGUUUUGUAGUUGACAUGUUUUUAGUGAUGAAAUGAAGCCCACAUUGACCUGACAGACAUAUGAAGGAGCUGCUGAGCCGUGUUUAGAUUGUAAAAGCACGGCUGCAAAGCCAGCAUCUCUCUCUCGUUUGUGUUUUUUGCUUAAGCAGUUUUACUUAGGCUUGAAUCCUGCAAUCAAAAUUCACACUGAAGACAUUUGGCUCCUUUUUCGGUGGAGUGGGUGUCAUUUGAAUGAUAUGACUUCCAUCUACAGGUGGUAGACUCUAAAUUUGUCAUGUUGUCCAUGAAUCAAAUCAAACCAACACAAAGGCCCAAUUUCAAUCUGGCACUUCCACUGUGUGGAAGAGUCUGUUAAUUAUGAAGGAGGGCAGAAAUAAAGCGGAAAAAGUCUGGGAUGCCCUCACCUUUCUCAGGUGAAAACAGGUACUUCCAAACAGCUCCUUUGGAGAUGUGCGCCGCUAUGAGAUGAAUGUAUUAAUAUGUCCAUCACAUAUUGGAAAAUACGCCGUGUUGUGUUUCAGUUUGAUUCAGGUAUUUUUAACAUGCUCCAGGUCGUUAUGGUGAUUUUACAUACUGCUCUCUGUUAUUAGAAUUUGUUGCAACAAAAAUAAGAACAAAUAAAUUCAGAUGCACUUUUAAAAACAUGUACAAAUGUAGAAAACUUCCACAAAAGUGUUUUUCAUACUGAGAUAGUCUUCAAACAGUCCUUCUUAUCUGUAAGUGUGUUUCCUCCAUGUAGCGAGUAAGUCAGCACUGGUGCACACUUGGUGUUUUGCGGACUCUAGAGCCCACCACCACAUAAUGCUUGUUGGAACAGCACUUAAUGUGGCCUCCACAAAGUGCAAACAAAGUGAAAGGGUGUAGGUGGCUGGACCGGAAUUGGUUCAGUAUUAUAUUUCAUCCUACUAUGACUGAGGAUGGAAUGCUAUUAUAAUAAUACUAGUCACUAGACUUGGAUAUUUAAGAUCACCUCUGUUAAGCUUUAAUAUCAGAAGGUGAAAACAGCACUGGAAUCCACUACUGCCAGCAGCAGAAUCUUUAAAAGACUUUCAUAAUAAAUUAUUUUACAAAUUCAAAAAAUCAAAAUGGCGAUAUCCAGAUAUCUAUAGGCUACUACUGUGGUGAACUUCUGUAAUUACCAGUUCUUGUCCCAACUCUCCAGCUCAGCUGCUGGUCUACAUGUGCAAGUAUGUGCGUGGUAAUCCAGGAGACGCACAUCAAGCAGUAUUAACCAAAGGCACAGAGAGCUCUUUAAGGUGCCUUAUUCUUUGGUCAUCUUUACAGAACACAAGUAUUUUUGUUGAAACAUUUCCUCCUCUAGACAUAAAAACAAAAACAAACUAAAAAUUAAAAAAAACACAAAAAGAAGAAAAG